AUCAGAAACCCAUCCGACGAAAAACAUGGAGAUUCAUAAACUAUGCAUUCUACUAAGCCUGGCUGCAGCUGCUUGCUGUGUGCCGAUUCCUGAGAUCACAGUGCAGGACGAGACUUUGGCAGAGGUAUGUAUGCUUUCUUUAACUCUUAAUUUAUGUUUUCUGACUAUUCUGCAUGUGGAAAUGUUGCUGUUGUAGGGGUCUUGACUGUUACCCUCAUACAGGCACAGAAAGAAGUCUAUUUGAUGCAUAUUUGAGGGUCCAAUUCUUGUCCUUUCUUGCAGAACUACCUGAAGAAAUUCUUCAACCUCACAGAGGAGACGGGUCCAACCAUCAGACGAGGACUCAGCCCCCUGACAAAGAAGCUGAGUGAGAUGCAGAGAUUCUUCGGUCUGCAGAUCACCGGGACUCUUGAUACAGACACAAUUGCAAUGAUGAAGAAGCCCCGCUGUGGUGUUCCAGAUGGAAAAGUCGCCAGUUUCAGCACCUUUGUUGGUGAACCCAAGUGGCAGAAGAACAGCCUCACCUACAGGUACAUGAAAUGAGAAGAGAGACGACAAUGAAUGGGUGUUUUUUUUUUUUUUUUUUUAAUGAGUUUAUCUAUAAUUAUUCUUUUCUUUCUGUCCCACAGAAUUGUGAACUACACACCUGACAUGUCUAGAGCAGAGAUUGACGACUCCAUUGAGAAAGCUCUGCAGGUUUGGGCCAAAGUCACUCCUCUGAGAUUCACGAGACUCUACAGCGGCGAAGCUGACAUCAUGAUCUCCUUUGGCACCAGAUGUGAGUCUAAUAUUACUUCUCACACACAUCCCCAGUCAUAUACUGUCAAACUGUGGGUGAAGUUGAUUGGUUUUAUUCCAAAGAUCUUGACAUGCUAGCUGUAGCCUAUUAGUUUAAAAGUGAAGAAAGGGAUUUAAAUCUGCAUUUUUCAUCAGACUAAACUAGUUACCAGUCAUGUUUAUGCAAAGUCUGACUGUAUGCAGAUCAGCAAGAAGAUAAUCAUAUCUCUCAGUUCAUUACCGCAGUCAUGUUUUUCUAACUACUGUAAAAUUCAGAAUACAAGUCCCAGUAGUAUUUGAGACUUUGUUUGUUCAAAGGGUUUUUGGAAAGGCAGUCCAUUUUUUAAGAUGCUGACAAAGGAUUUACAAGUUAGUCUUAUACUCUGAGUCCUUUUGGCAUUACACAGCAUGACUUUAUUUAUGUCAUGAAUGUUUUGAAUUAUUGCUCCUUUCAUGGGAUGCUUGUUUUGCUCAGCUGAUUAAGGCGGAACCCUAGCUUAAGGUGGAAGCUAGUCAAAGGAUCAAGUCCUGGUUUUGGCAUGAUUUGAUGCUCAUGAUUUUAGGCUGGCAGGUCUAAUAAAGGCUACACAAUAUAUCAUUAAAUCAAACAGGCUAUCGUGGCUGCAUUUAGAGUGGGAUAGACUAAAGCUGCGUGGGAUUAAAAAAUUCAAAACAGAACAGCGUGACAGUUAAAUGAUAAACGCAUCAUAAUGCAUUUUCCCUCUCUGAACCAAAUAUCUUCACCUUUGGCUCUAAAGAACAAUAUGCCAACAGUUCAUGGUCAUGUUUUGAUGCUUGGUUCACAUCAGGAUUUACCCACUGAAAAGAAGACUUGCAUUAAAACUGCAAAUUUGAAUAACUUCUUUGAGGCGCAAAGUUGCUGUUCAGGCUUCUCUCUUUUUUGGACAGCCUCUCAAUAUCAACACUGACCUGACUCUAAAAGCUCUGAUUUGAUAUCUCACACGUUUCUUCAACAGCUUAUUUGAUCUUUUGUGCAAAACUUGACAUGAGUAUCUUUUUUUUUUCCCAAAUAGCACACGGAGAUUAUUACCCCUUUGAUGGUCCUGAUGGCACCCUGGCCCACGCCUUCGCCCCGUCCCCUGGUAUUGGUGGAGAUGCUCAUUUUGAUGAUGAUGAGACCUUUACUUUCCGCUCAACUACAGGUCAGUUUGAUCUUCCUGUUUCCUUCAUGUCUCUCUUGUUUCUACCCUAGAGCUUCAUCUAAACUUGAAUUUGGUGUUUUCUUCUUCAGGUUACGUUCUCUUCAUGGUGGCCGCCCAUGAGUUCGGUCAUUCUCUGGGUAUGUCUCACUCUGAUGAUCCUGGUGCUCUCAUGUACCCCGUCUACACCUACAAAAACCCUGACACCUUUGUGCUGCCCCGUGACGACGUCAAUGGAAUCCAGCAUCUCUACGGUGAGUACUGACUGGAUCAUCAUGAAAAACUUUUCAAAAAUCCUUGAAAAACUUACGCGGAAUCGCUUCUCUUGUCACUCCACUCAAUGAGAUGCCUCUUUUAUCAAACCCUUAGGUAAAAACCCAGACAUAGACCCUUAUAAUCCUGAUCCUGAGCCCCCCACCACUCCUGAUGCUUGUGAUUCCACCCUGGUUUUGGACGCUGUUGCCACCCUGCGAGGAGAGAUGCUCUUCUUCAAGGGCAGGUAAUGUAGAAACCCAGUUAACUUGAACAUUACCACUGACAGACUCUUUCAUUGAGAUCUGGUUUUAAAUCAAACUCUCAUUCUUCUGUUUUCAGCUUUUUCUGGCGCAGCUACAUCCAGAGCCCCACACCUCAGCAAAGUCUCAUCACAAACUUCUGGCCCAAUGCUCCCAGCAACAUCGACGCUGCUUAUGAAAGCGAUGAGUCUGACAAUGUCCUGCUUUUCAAAGGUAUUUUAUUUGUUCCCUUUACAGCUCUGAAUCUGGCCUUAUCUCUAAAGCAUUAUUAUUCAUCUUUGCAUGAGUGUAAUAAAAUGUCUCCUUAAUUUCCAAACAGGUCGUAAAGUGUGGGCUUUCAGCGGCUAUGAUCUUGUGAAAGGCUAUCCUAAAUCUAUUUCUAGUUUUGGUCUGCCUGAAAGUGUGAAGAAAAUUGACGCCGCCCUCUAUGAUUCAGAAUCUGACAAGACUCUCUUCUUUGUGGGCAGCAAGUACUACAGGUAUGUGCAAAUAGAGUAAUGUAAGAUCAGUGCAGGGGCUUGGUUUGGGAGUGAUAGUGUAUUCAAUAAUUUCUUAUUACUUUUGUUUCUUCAGCUAUGACGAGGCUAAACAGACAAUGGAUUCAGGAUUCCCCAAGAAUGUGGAUCAGGCCUUCUCUGGCCUGACUGGGAAGGUGACGGCAGCUUUCCAGUACAGAGGUGAGAAGCACUUAGAUUGAAUCUGUAUUUUAUAUAUACUUAAAGACAUGUUUGCACAAAAACUUACACUGCUCUCCUCUAUUCUGCAGGUUUCACUUACAUCUACAGUGGACCCUACAUGUUUGAGUACAGCCUGAGGUCCGGCAGGUUGUACCGUGUGCUGAGAAACAACUACUUCCUGCGCUGCACCAAAUAGUGAGCCAGUUCAGCAGAGGAGGUGUUCAUGUAGCCCCUUCUAAAUGAGAAUGAAGGCAUUAUAUUUAUAAUGUGUGAUAAUAUAUUUAAUGCCAUUACAGAGCUAUUUGACCUAUUUCCUUCUUAAGAACAGCACCUUUCAUAUUUUUUAUGACCUUUAAGUAUUACAUUAUUGGUAUCCAUAAUAAUUUAACUGUUCUAUGUAUUUUAUUUAUCAGAUUUUAUCCUUGACGAUUUCUUUUGCUGUUUUUCUCACUGUUUGAGUUACAGUAUGUAGCAUAAUUUAGCACUGGUUCACUUGAACAUGUUGAAUUGCACUGAUUUGAUAACUGCUGUGACAAGAAGACAAUGAAUGUAUGUGUCUGGCCCUAUUGAUUAUUAAUAAAAACCUGGUUAAAGAAACAUUUAAA